AUGGCGUUCGGCUUCUCGGAACAGGCCACCUCCGUCUCUACAGACGCAAUGUCGCUUCUCAGCUUCAAGAGCUCCGUUUCUCUGACCAUUGCCUUCGCCUUCACCCCGUUGAAGGGACCAAACAAUAGUUUCCCCUCCGUUCUCGCUGGAACCCUCACGGCUUCCGUCGGAAAUCUCACUGAGCUCCAGACCUUGUCCCUCCCUCACAAUGCGUUCUCCGGUGAGAUCCCGCCGGAGCUCGGAAAGCUGCGGCUGUUGGAGGUUCUCGAACUUCAAGGAAAUAACUUCUCCGGGUGUAUUCCGGCGCAGAUAAGCCUUUUAUCUUCGCUGCGCGUGCUUAAUUUAUCCUACAACGCGCUCUCCGGUUCGAUUCCGGAUAAACUAAUAGGUUACGGAAAAGUCAGAGUCAUCGAUCUAUCAAACAACCACCUUUCCAGUGGAAUUAAAGUUGAAAAGAUGACCGAGUGCAAGUUUCUCACUCACCUGAAGCUUUCUCAUAACUUACUAAUCAACAACAUUCCGAGGGAGAUCGGAAAAUGCCGGAACCUGAAGACUCUCCUGCUCGACGGGAAUGUUCUAGAAGGACGGAUUCCGGCGGAAAUUGGUAAAAUUUCGGAACUUCGAGUUCUAGAUGUUUCUAGGAACAGUCUCACUAAUAGGAUCCCAAAGGAGCUAUCCAAUUGCAAGAGGCUCUCCGUUAUAGUUCUGACUAAUUUGGUAGAUUUAAGUUCUGAAAAUAUCUUGGAUGAUUCCAGAGGAGAAUUUAAUGCUUAUGUGGGAGGUGUUCCAUCUGAGGUAUUGUUGCUCCCAAAUCUGCAGAUUUUUUGGGCACCAAGAGCAAAUCUUGGAGGAAAGUUGCCUAGUAAUUGGAGCAAUUUGUGCUCUUUGAGGGUACUCAACCUGGGUCAGAAUUAUUUUACUGGCGUGGUGCCACAAAAAUUGGGAAUGUGUAAAAAUCUUACUUUCCUGGAUUUGAGUUCAAAUGAUUUGCGGGGAUACCUUCAUCCCCAGUUAAGGGUUCCCUGCAUGGUGUACUUCAACAUCAGCCGGAAUUCCAUAACUGGCAUUCUUCCUGCGUUUGAAAAUGGUAGCUGCGGUAGUGGCAUGAUCUCGUAUGGGAAGGGUUCUAAUUCUCUAGAUGAGGAAGAUAUUCAGCACUCAUACAACAACAUUCCUGUUUGGGAUUCUCAGAUGAGUUCCCUUUUUAAACCAAUGUUGGGUGAGAAGUUUGCACUUGUUCAUGAUUUGAGUUGGAAUAGAUUCUUUGGUUCUUUACCUUUGUUCUCGUUAGGAGACCAGCUCUUGGGAACUAACCAUAAAUCCUCCUAUAGAUUAGUACUGAACAAUAAUGUGUUCAAUGGGUCUCUUCCCCAUGAGCUAGUUUCAAACUGUAAUGACUUGAAGAGCUUUUCAGUUAACUUGAGCGCCAACCAGUUAUCUGGUGGGGGAUUGCCUCUUAACUGUUUAAACCUAAGGGAUUUUGAAGCAGCGGACAAUCAGAUUGAUGGGUCAAUAGGUCCUGGCAUUGGAAACUUGACGACACUUCAGUGUCUCGACAUGAGAAACAACAGGCUGUCUGGGUCUCUGCCUGACCAGCUGGGGAUGUUGAAGGAUCUCAGAUGGAUUCUUCUUGGAGGAAACAAUUUAUCGGGGGAAAUUUCGACAAAACUCGAUCAAUUGACUUCUCUUAUAUUUCUGGAUCUGUCUAAAAAUGCUCUAACAGGAUCUAUCCCUGCAAGUUUGACAAAUGCUACAAAUCUUCAAGUUGUUUUGCUUGAUCAUAAUAGACUUUUCGGGGAAAUACCUUCAUCUUUCUCGACCCUUUCCAGUCUUACUCAACUGAAUGUUUCAUUCAAUAACCUUUCUGGUCAUAUACCCCGUCUUCAACACCCAAGCAACUGCAACUGCUUCAAAGGGAACAGAUACUUGCACUCGUGCCCAGAUGUAUACUCAGCUUCUCCAGUGGGGCUUCCAGUCCCACAUGGAAUUAAGAAACGGCACAAUCGGAGUAAAUGGAAGUCUUUUGUAAUUCCGGUGACAACUUCUGUUUCUGUCAUCAUCUGUGGUCUUUUAGUGAUGGUUCUUUACUAUGUCCUUGGUAGGAGAAAGAUUAGUAGACUCACUAGUCUAAGAAAGAAAAUGGUGGUGACAUUUGCUGAUGUUCCAACUGAACUGAAUUAUGAUAGCAUUGUUAGAGCAACAGGGAAUUUUAGCAUCCGAAACCUUAUCGGUAGAGGUGGCUUUGGGUCCACUUACAAGGCAGAGUUGGUCCCCGGUUUCCUAGUAGCUGUUAAGAGGCUCUCCAUAGGUAGGUUUCAAGGAUUUGAACAAUUUGAUGCAGAGAUAAGAACACUUGGAAGAAUUCGACAUAAGAACCUUGUAACUCUUAUUGGGCACUAUGUGGGAGAAGCCGAGAUGUUCUUAAUUUACAAUUACCUUUCUGGUGGAAAUCUUGAAACUUUCAUACAUCACAGGUCUGAAAAAAAUGUGCAGUGGCCAGUGAUCCACAAGAUUGCCAUUGAUGUAGCUCAGGCUCUUGCUUAUCUUCACUACUCAUGUGUUCCUCGGAUUGUUCAUCGGGACAUCAAACCUAGCAACAUUCUGCUUGAUGAGGAGCUUAACGCCUAUCUUUCAGACUUCGGAUUAGCCCGGCUUCUGGAAGUUUCUGAAACCCAUGCCACUACAGAUGUAGCCGGCACAUUUGGUUAUGUGGCUCCGGAGUAUGCAACCACCUGUAGGGUCUCUGACAAGUCAGAUGUUUAUAGCUUUGGUGUUGUGCUCCUAGAAUUGAUGUCAGGAAAGAAAUCCCUCGAUCCAUCCUUUUCUGAAUAUGGGAAUGGAUUCAACAUUGUUGCCUGGGCUAAGUUACUGAUCAGGGAGGGGCGUUCUUCUGUGCUUUUCCGUACUGAGUUGUGGGAAGCUGGGCCUAGAGAAAAUUUAAUGGGAAUGUUAAGACUUGCAUCAGUAUGCACUGUUGAGUCACUUGCUAUUCGGCCAUCAAUGAAGCAUGUUGUGGAGAAAUUGAAACAGUUGAAAUCAUGAUGACCAAAUUAUGUUGUCUCAAGCCCCAUCACUAGACAACCCCGCAACAUGCACAUUUCUACCAUAGGAUACUUGAAUAUGAGGAAUACAGCCUAAGGCAGACUGACACCCAGACUUGCUGGUCUUGGUUAUUGCUCACCAGAUUUCUGAGCAUAGUGGUUGUCUACAGAUGACCCUGAUAUAGCAUCAGCUUGCCUGGCAUCAUGGUUCAGUGAUCUUUCCUCACAACCAAGAACCGAGCUGCAGGCUGUUACCCAGUUCCGCAUAUGAUUCAUCAACCAGAUUUGGGUGUAUUAACCAAUGGUCAUAUGAACCUUUGCACCCCAGUGGCAGACAAAUUGGGCUGUUGCCUUUGUCAUACUAGCUUCCCUGCUUCUUGAUUUGCUCGAACAGUUGACAUAGCUCAAGAGCUGGCAGUGCACCGCAAGAGUGUCAUCAAGGAGCAAUUCAUUUUGCUUAAGUGUGAAAAUCUGUGUCAACACAUGCCCCAACAAGAAUUUGGAACAGAUGGCAUUUUUAACACAUUAUUUAACUUACUGGUGUGUAAUUUUAGAUAUUGUUCGAGUGAUGGGCACAUGCAAUCUCUUUUCUCAUAGAAAUGUUUUUGGUCAAGAAAUUAUUGAAUCAUUCUCUUCCCAUGUCUAA